AUGCCGGGCGUGCUGUCGAAGCCGGAGGCCGCGGGGGGCCCCCCGGGGGCCCCCGGGGGCCCCCCGGGGGCCCCCAGCCCCUUAAGCCCCAGGGAGGGGGAGGGGCCCCUCCAUUUCUUUUGCCGCGUGGGCCUCCAGGGCCCCACAAAGGCCCGCCUGGCUGUGGGCUCUUUGGCUUUGCUGCUGUGUUCUGCAUGCAACUUGGCGACUCCUUACCUUUUGGGGCUUUGCGUGGACUCUGCGUACCGGGGGGCCCCCCGGGGGGCCCCCUGGGGGGCCUCCUGGGGGGCCCCCUGGGGGGCCCCCUCGCCGUGGGGCCCCUCGCGGGGCCCCACGGCAAACAACUUGCUGCUGCUCUUUGCACUUUUGCUGUUGGGGCCCUCAGCAGCGCCUGCAGGACGGAGCUGCUGCAGCGGGCUGAGGAGGAGGUUGUUUUUGUUUGGGAGUUUCCUGAAAAGCCCCCCCAGCUUUUUCGUGCUGCAGUCCGCGGGGCAGCUGGGCUGCCUCUUAGCAGCAGACAGCCAGCUGUUUGCUGCUGUGCUGCUGGGGGGAAUUCCUUCUUUGCUGCGCUAUUUGAGUUCUGCUGCUGGCGGUUCUGUGGCUUUGCUGCUGCUCAACAAAACCCUCACUGCUGCGGGGCUGCUGCUGCUGCCUGCUGCAGCAGCCACGGCGCUCCUCGUCGCCAGGCGGCUGAAGCGGCUGCGGCAGGAACGGCAAGCAGCAGAAAGCCGGUGGUCUUCUUUGGUGCUGGACCGGCUGUACGCACACCGCGCGGUGUACGUACACCAGCAGCAGCAGCAGGAGGAAGUUCGUGCUGCUGCUGCAGCGCAGCAGCUGCUGGCAGCAGCAGCAGCAACAGCCAGGGCCAGCGGCUGCCUCAUGGGCGCCAUUUCUUUUGCUUCCAAUUUGUCUCUCCUUCUUGUCCUCUACUCGGGGGCCACUCUCUUGAGGAACAAAACCCUGAGCUACGGGGGCCUCACUUCCUUCGUAGUUUACGCAGCAAUGGUUGCUGCUGGCGCCAGCGGCUUGGCUUCGCUGUCUGGGGAGUGGGCGAAGGGGCGUGCUGCAGCAGAAAGAAUGUUUGCUGCAAUCCAGCCCUCGCUGCAGCAGCAGCAGCAGCAGCAGCAGCAGCAGCAGCAGCAGCAGCAGCAGGAGGGGGGGUUCUCUCUCGAUCGGCUCAGGGGCGAAAUCGAGUUCCACAACGUCACCUACCUCUACAGCGAGGACGUGCCUAGCAGCAGCAGCGGCGACGACAGCAGCAGCAGCAGCAGCAGCAGCAGCAGCAGCAGCCCGGCGAGCAGCAGCAGCAGCGACAGCAGCAGCAACGGCGAAGGCGUGGGCGGAGUCCGCAGCAUUUCCUUUCGAGUUCGCCCCGGAGAGCUGCUGGGCAUUGCCGGCCCUUCGGGCGCGGGCAAAAGCACUUUGCUGAAGUUGCUGCUGAAGGAGCUGCGGCCGCAGCAGGGGCGCAUCACUGUCGACGGGAUCGACCUGGAGACGAUCCCCACGUCGAUUUGGCUGCGGCAUGUGCUGGGCGUGGUCAGCGACAGCAGCAGCAAAUUAUUUGGGGGUUUGACAGUGAAGGAGAACAUUCAGUACGCAGGCUGGAGUGCUGCUGCUGCUGCAGACGCGGGCGCAGCAGCAGCAGCAGAAGCAGCAGCAGCAGCAGCGAACUGCUCGGGCUUCCUGCAGCGGCUGCCCCGCGGACUCGACACCCUCGUGGGGGAGGGCCCCGGGGCCCCCGGGGGGCCCCCGGGGGCCCCCGGGGGGCCCCUGGGGGCCCCCGGGGGGCCCCUGGGGGCCCCCGGGGGCCCCGGCUUCAGCAGCGGGGAGCAGCAGCGGCUGGGGAUUGCCAGGGCCCUUUACAAGCAGCCGCGCAUUUUGCUGCUGGAUGAACCCUCAAGUGCUUUGGAUGCUGAGGCUGAGCGGGCCUUCACGCAGGCCCUGGCCAACGUCAUGCAGCCGCAGCUGCAGCAGCAGCAGCAGCAGCAGCAGCAGCAGCGGGCGAAGGAGGCGGCGGCGGAGGACGCGCCCGAGCAGCAGCAGCAGCAGCAGCAGCAGCAGCAGCAGCAGCAGCAGGUGCUGUGCGCGCUGCUGGUGGCCCACAGCCCCGCCGUGCUGCAGUGCGUCUCGAAGCUGCUGGUGCUGCGGCGAGGUGCUGUUGUGGAGUCGGGGGUUUACGAGGAGCUGCUGCAGCAAAAGGGCACGCUGCAUGCGCUGCUCACCGGAGACUCCAAACCCUAA